AUGCAGAGGAUGAAGCGCCCGUGGCCAAUGCUGUCUCACUCGGCAAUGGUGAUGUUCUUGGUGUCGAUGGUCCACUGUGUUCCGCGAUUAGCGGCAACGAGCCAAGCUGUGUGUUGUCGAGCAAAUAAGACCGACUGCUCGUGGAACUAUACGCCAUUUCAGCUGUGCGGGACGAGAUGUCGACAUGUGACGGUAAAGGCAAAUCCCAUGUUCGAGACGGCGGCAUCCAAGUCCAGGUGGUCCACUCAGUAG